UAAAACUAAUGCAUACCAUCUUCAACUUUCAUAUUCAAUUCUAUCUUUCCUUUUUGUUGAAGUUAACCAAGUGAAACCAAAUGGCUGGUGUUGUUGAAUCUGAUCCUAUUCCUCUUCUUACUCCAUACAAAAUGGGCAAAUUCAAUCUCUCUCAUAGAGUUGUUUUGGCACCACUCACAAGACAGAGAUCAUACAAGAACGUUCCUCAACCUCAUGCUAUCCUUUAUUACUCUCAGAGAGCCAUUGGUUCUAAUGGAGGUCUUCUUAUAACUGAAGCUACCGGUGUCUCUGACACUGCUCAAGGGUAUCCCGACACACCGGGUAUAUGGACUAAAGAGCAUGUUGAGGCUUGGAAACCUAUUGUGGAGGCUGUUCAUGAUAAAGGUGCUACCUUCUUUUGUCAAAUUUGGCAUGUUGGAAGAGUUUCUAAUUCUGUUUAUCAGCCGAAUGGGCAAGCACCAAUAUCUUCUACAGACAAGCCACUUACACCGCAAAUCCGAAGUAAUGGUAUUGAUGAAGUUAAAUUCACACCACCAAGGCGGCUAAGGACGGAUGAAAUUCCAGGCAUUGUCAAUGACUUCAGACUUGCUGCAAGAAAUGCUAUUGAAGCUGGAUUUGAUGGGGUUGAGCUCCAUGGUGCUCAUGGCUACCUAAUUGACCAAUUCAUGAAAGAUAAAGUGAAUGACAGAACAGAUGAAUAUGGUGGAUCCCUUGAGAACCGUUGUCGAUUUGCUUUGGAAGUUGUUGAAGCUGUAGCAAAUGAGAUAGGAGCAGAAAGAGUGGGAAUAAGAUUAUCACCUUUUGCAGAUUAUGCAGAAAGUGGAGACUCCAAUCCCGAAGAAUUAGGACUUUAUAUGGCCAAUGCCCUCAAUAAAUAUGGUAUUCUAUAUUGUCAUGUGGUGGAACCAAGAAUGAAAACUGUUCACGAAAUAACCGAAUGCCCUAACACCCUUGGACCAAUGAGGAAGGCCUUCAAUGGCACUUUCUUGGUUGCAGGAGGUUACACUCGACCUGAUGGGAUUAAGGCCAUAGCUGAAAACAGAGCAGACCUUGUUGUUUAUGGUCGUUGGUUCUUAGCUAAUCCAGAUUUGCCAAAGAGGUUUGCACUUGAUGCUCCUCUCAACAAGUACAACAGGGAGACAUUCUACAUUUCUGAUCCAGUUAUCGGUUAUACAGACUACCCUUUUCUUGAAUGAAGAAACAAGUGCUGUAGCAUCCGAGUGUCAAACCUCCUCACUAAAUAAGUUAUUUAGGCCUUGCAAAUUGGUUUCUGGAAUUGAGUUAGUCAGUGAAAUAAGAGCUUUCAAGCUUAUAUAUGUUAUUGAUUGCUCUCAUGCCUAUGCUUUGGACCCAAUUGACACAUUUUCUAAUUGGUCAGGGAACAUAGUAUGUAAAUUUUAAACUAUUGUUGUAUGUGAUAAGUCAAUUAAUGCCAACAAGAUCUGAUUCCACUGUC